CAGCGCAUCCUCUCUCCGCAGGGUUUCCCCUCGGUCCGCACCAAGAUAACUAGAAACCAUGAACGGGACGAGGCCUUAGUGACGCGGACAAACACUGCUGCACGACCUCGUUCUCCUCCUCGAGCUCUUUCUCUCGCUCUCCGUUAUGUCUGUGAGCCUGCCGCCCCUCCCGCCAUGCCCGCUGCUGAUUGCUACCUGCCGCCGUUCUUGUUCCUCUUUCUCUCAUCGCUGCUUUUGAUUUCUUGCCUGGAUGGGCUGGUGAGGGCAGCGGAGGAGGGCGGCGGCCUGCCCUCCUCCUCUUCCUCCUCAUCCUCGCCCAGGGACAAUGGCCUCACAGCUGCGAUCGCGGACGCAGACACGGAGCCAUUUCUCACCCCCUCGGCUCUGGUAGCAGAGCCCCAGUUUGCCCUGAAAGUGCUGGUGAGAGAUCUGGUGACCCGUCAGCCACUGUCGGGUGCUUCAGUAGAUGUUUAUGUUAACCAUUCUUUAAGGAGUUCAACUCAAACAGGAGAGAAGGGGGAGGUUCUGCUUUGGGUGGAGUACACUCCGGGUCUCAGUCUGACUUUGCUGGGUAAUAUGGAAGGGUACAUCCCCACCCCCCUUCCAUGGAGCACCACCAAGAGACCGAUUUUUUCUGCUGUGACGCUGCUGCUGCUCCCUCACAGUCAGGGGAACAUCUGGUUGUUUGAAGACUCAGUGUUAAUCACGGGGAAGUUACCUGACAGCUCCUCCCAACCAAAGGUGAAGUUCCCCAAAAACCUCCUCACCAUCCCUGAUAAAAGCAACAUCUCUUCAGUGAUGGCGUACCUGACUGUGCCACAGCACCACCUGGCAAAGGAUUGCAUGAACUGCACCCCAGGCAUCAUCAGCAGCAGAUCAGUCUUCAGAAGCAUUGAGCUGAAGGCAGUAGCAGCCAUCAGUGUCCUGCUGUACUCUGAUGGCAACGAGCUCCAAGUUCGGGGGCCCAUCCAGAUCAGCCUGCCACUGGGACACAACACACACCUAAGGGCAUCUGAUACGGUGCCAGCUUGGGCCUUCAACCUGAAGACAGGUGCCUGGGAGAAUCACGGUCUGGGAAUAGUUAAGACAGUCGGUGAUGAGCUGGUUUGGACCUACACUGCCUCCCAUCUGGGCUACUGGAUUGCUGCCCCUCAUCCCUCAUCAAAAGAUUAUCUUGGACAUGUUAGCUCUAUGGACUUCAUAUCUUACCACACCUACCUGCUGAUGGGAAUACUGGCAGGAACACUGGCAAUAGUUAUUGGAUUUCUGUCCUUGCUUCUGUGUCACUGCGGAGGUUCCCACCGAGAGCCAAGGAGGAGGAGGGCUCGCUUCUCCAAACUCACAGUGGUGAAGAAAGACCAAACCACCUCCACCCACAUGGAGGAGGGCUUAUUGUUCCAAUCUGGUGACAACAGCCUCGCCUCCUGCAAUGUCCAGAGUGAGCCAUCAUCCACACCAAGGCACAAAGCCAGUUACAACAUCUACGUGGAGGAUCCCGGAAGUCUCCCAGCAGCUUCUUUUUAUGAGAACAUCGCUUCAGACCGGAUGAAGGGACCCCAGCUGCCACCUCACUACAUCAAUAGUGAAGAGGUGGCUCGGAUACGGGAGAAAGCAGAGCAGAAUCGGGCCAACAUGAACGACAGUUUCUUUCCAGAUAAGCUGGUUCACAUUUACAACCAGCCGGUUGCUAUCAUUCAGGCGCCAGAGCUGUUCGGUGCUCAGGAGCAGCUGUCUAGCUGCAAGUCUGCCACUUUUCCCAGAAAUGGAGUCGAGUAUGAUGCUCACUCAGAGCCUGCAAGCCAGGACAACUACACCCAGACACUUCCCAAAGUCCCUCACCACCAGUCCCAAGGUAGGAGCAGACCACAGCAGAGCAACCAGGAUGACCCCCAGCCUCUGGAGACUCCUCCACCAGGACAUGGCCCUAAUACUGGGGUUUGGGGGCGCUACAGUAACCUCCUUGAAUCCUCCGUCUCUGUGCCUGGGACUCUAAAUGAGGCAGCUGGCAUGGAGGCCUUCAGUGGUGGGCACGGUGUGCCCAGUGAGCUACAGGGGAUUUCUGAGCGCACCUUGCUGGAGCUGACUCGAGGAAAGUCCUCAUCGUCUCACCCCAGGGCCUGGUUCGUCUCCUUAGAUGGAAAACCUGCUGCCCAGGUUCGCCACUCCAUCAUUGAACUCCAGACUCGCCACCGCCCGCCCAGUAGCAACGACACCAGCUUGGACUCGGGCGUGGACAUGAAUGAGCCUCAGCAGAACAUCCGUGAGACAGAGCGCGAAAGGCCUUCGAUAAGGGGCUCCUCGCUGCAACAUCACGGCCGAGGGGGGCGGUAUGGCGAGGAGCAGGAUCUGAGUAGUAGCGAGAGUGGCACCACUGCCACCUGUACACCAGAAGACCCUUUCUUCAGGAACAUUUUAGACGGGAGCAGUGGGGCUAUUCCCAAUAUUCCUGAAGAGCGGGAUGGCAUGGAUACAUCGAGCGCUCAGGAGGACAGUGAGUCGAGGGGUACGCCGCCUCCUCGGCGCCUGAGGAAGGUGAGGGAGAAAGGGAAAGCAGAAAAGAGGAGUACAAAGCAUGUCAGGGAAGGCAGACCUCUGACCAAAAGAAGUUAGACCACGAUUCUUUGAAGGCUUCAAGAUAAGCAUUUUUCCAUUCAUGCUGAGUGUUUUAUAUUCACACAGGCAUUGUUGUUGUUGAGUUCUGUGAUUGUACAACUCUGCCAAAGAAAGCAUAAGCUAGCUCAAAAAAUCUACAGUGUGUAAUAUUUGAGCAUUAUGCUGCUGCUGUUAGAUUAAGUUUGUGCACCUUGUUCUCUUGUUACCCCGAAUCUGAAGAUCACCAGCGAGAUUCUUCACAGCAAGCGUCCUCGUGAACACGAUAUCCCACAGUUUCUAGUACUGGCAUUAUAGAGGGUGCCUUCUUACUGCCUGUAAUCAUGAAGCGCGCUUAUUAGACACAGAUAUUUGUCUUUAUUUAAUGGAAAUCUGGUAAGUUUGCAGGAUGGACACAGUGCACUUAUCCUCACCAAAAAUGCCUGCUGUAAAUUAAAUAAGAAGCUUUUCCAAUAGCUCACGUCUGAUUUUGAAAUCCCACUGCCUCAAAUUGAUCUAGCUUCAACUUUCCACUUGACUCCAACACUAAACAGGAAGGAAUUUUGGAGUAAAAUGAUGUACAUUGUAAAGCUAAGCUGCCAUUUUGAAGUUCACACUUGAUAUUCAAGGUUUUCUGACUACAGUUGUUCUUGUAUGCAUGAGAUUGAAUGUGUCCUUGUGUGUAUGAGCAUGUUGUGCAUUUUAUGGUAGAGCUAAAAUAACAUAAUCAUAGUUGUUAGAUUACUUACUAGGUGAUUGAAUUAUUUAUUUUACCGUCUGGUUUUGAAAGAGACUGCUCUGCUGCCAAUUCGAUCUGUUCCAGUCACAGGUGUUCAACACAGUUAACGGCAUGGUUUAGUCAAGGAACUUCAUAUUAUGCUCACUUAAGCUAAAAUAUACUUGCUUUUAACCCUUUAAGGUGCAGCUAGGAGUGGUGGUGUAUUUUGCAUUUGGUUGAAGCAAAGUUUGUGCACAUCCUCAAAAAUGAACUUAGACAUUUGCAAGCUGCAAUAUGAGAGCAACUGCUGGGGAAUUCGGGAUAUGUCAAAACCAGAUACAAGGUCUGAGGAUUGUUUGUAGUUGAUCUUUUUUUUUUUUUUUUUUUUUUUUUUUUUAUCUGCCAUGAUUGCAAAACUAAACAAAUGCUAACUUCACCUCAUGUUUAUCAUUUUGUUUACACCCUCUAAAUUUACCAGCUGAAUUCUCUGAGGGGCUCCCUAGUGGAAUCCUCCGGUAACAAGUGAGUUCACAAGCAGGUAUGUGAACAAUUACGCUAACAACAUUGUCGGGUGUCUAUAUGAAUGCAAGGUUAAGAUGCAAGUAUAUUAUCUGCGUUACAAGUUUGUUAUUUUAUUCAAGGGAUCUAAUAUUUUUCUCAUAUUGUACAUUGCUGCUGCACAUCUUCUCUUCUGUUUAAAAUCUUCUGUUUUAGCUCCUUAAAAGCAAAGUGACUUUUUCUCAUUCUUUGUUUUAGGUGUGCCAAAGUAGCCAUUCUGCAGGCUUUAUACAAAUGAAAUACAUGGCAAUAUCAUUAAAUAACAUUAGGAAAGCCCAGACUGCCUUCAGACAGUUCAGAGCAUCAUCUUCUAUGUAAGGAAUACAUUUUUUUCAGUUAGGACUUUCAGAUUCAUCUUUUA